UAAAAGAAAUUAUUUCAAUUAAAAAAAAAAAUUUCUACAUUUUUUCAAAUAUUUUUAAUUAAUUUUUCAGCAAUCGUAUCAAAUUUCAUUAUCAUUGUGCGGAACAAUUAUUUCAAAGGUUUCUAAAGUUAUUCAAUUGGCUCUACAGUUCGAGAGGAAGAGUUGGUGAUUAAAAAAAGGAGCAAAAAAAGAACAUAAAAAAAAAAAAAAAAUUAGGAGAAAAGGAAUAAAUAUAACUGUAAUCGCCAUAUUGAGCUGAUUCUUCUCUAUAUAACACACAAACGGCAUCAGCGCCGCGCGAGGGAUGCUGUAUUCGCGACGCGAUAGCGUCGAAGAUUUCUGGUGGGGCGCGCAGGUCCGCGGCCACGCCAUAUUUAAUUUUUCCAACAAAUUUUCUUCAACGAGAAAAAUAAUGAAAAUAAUCGUCAUUGAAAUACAUUGAAAAUAAAUGUGUAAUACAAGUUAAUAACAAGAGAAUUAGAAGAAAAUUGUUCUAAUCUUGACAGAAGCAUAUGAAGAAUAAUAGAAGGAGGAAAUUCAGAAGGGGAAAAAUAAUGUCGAGAGCAUAUAAUUUUGAAGGAACUGAUUUUUCCUGGCGGACAGCCGGAUUUUAUUCUGCGCAUGGAAAGCAAUUUUGCCCAAUCAUAAAUAGGGCUAUUGUGGGGGGAUGGUGUGUAUGUUGGCGCAUUUCAUACAUCCCGAGUGUAAUGGUAACCAGAUAGAGGCGUCGCGAGGCUAUCGGCCGGUCGGCACAUGGAAUAUGGGAUCUGGGGUCUGCAUGCCGCGGGCGGACUUUGGGGCGAUCCGCGGCUCGCCGGAAGACAUCCAAUCCUUCCGCCGGGAGCAACGCAAAUGUUACCGAGGGCAGCUUUUGCUUUGAGUGCACUUCAACGAUCCUCCGAAAUGAUACCACUUCCGUUGACUGCAAACGCUCCGCAUUUUGGAGCUAUGGAAUUGGUUUCAAGACCGUCUGAGGACUCGGAUGAAUCGGAUAAAAUCUCGCCAGAUCAAGCAUCACGGAAAUCAGAAGACAACGAAAGUAACAUCGAACGUGACGACGAUGAGAAUGAAAAUGAAGCGGAAGUUACGACAGCGAAUAAUGACAACGAAGAUGCGGGGGAUGAUAGUGAUGAUCGAAGUACAACAAGUUCACACCAAUCGGCUAAUAAUAAUUUGAUCUCGAAAUCUCCGGAUCCUUUGUCCUGUUUACUGCUUGACAAGGAUGAAACUGUAACACCUGUAUUAAAUGGCUGGGUCCUAGGUGCAUACACUGCAAUGUUGGGAAGACUUUCUGCUGCGACCGCUGCUCUUGAAGCCAGUGAAAUACCCAGCAUCCCGUCCGAUAGUGAUUCAGACAGUGAUCACUCGUCAUAUACCGAAAAAUCUAGCGGAAGUAGUCAAAAUCAUGGUAUUCAUCGAGGCUAUUCAUGUGGAACUUGUGACGUGGUUGCACCGUCGAGACCAGCCUUGAGAAAACACAUCGCCCAAUCUCAUCCCUCAAUGUCUAAAAAUGAAACGAAUGAGAUGAAAAGAUGUCCUUCAUCGGGUUGUGAUUUUUCCACGACAAGCCGAUGUGAAAUGGAAACUCACGUGGCAACACACGUGACACAAAGUGUUACGUCCACAGGAAAGAAACGCACCCUGGCACUUCAACGUGUCCGGUAUAGAUACGAGAGGGAGGAAUAUCGCUGUUCUCUUUGCUCAUAUGCAUGCACCAUUGAGAAGGCUUUCCAGAGACACUUGAGGGCACACGCUAAAGGGACAGCACCGGAAACGAGGGUGAGCUGUGCAGUUUGUGGAGCUGACAGAUCUUCGGAAGUCGACCUUAGCAAACACAUGAGAAGGCAUCGCGAUGAUAGAUACUUCUGUUGCGAUAUUUGCAUCUUUCGCACUGUCCAGUUAAAAAAGUUGAUUCAACAUCGACGAAUGCACACCGGCGAGAAACCUCAUCUUUGUCCCCAUUGCGCUUACAGAAGUGCAAGACGCGAUAAUUUGCGAAGUCACGUGAGAAGGGUGCAUAAAAAGGAGAAUCUUUAUUGCGAUACAUUUAGUCCUCGAGGGAUGUUGAUUGCACCAACGAUAAGGGAAGUUGCAGCGGCAGCUAUUCAAAGUCCAAUCUCAUCGCCUUCUUCGCCUUCUUCGAAUCCGGAAACGGCCAAUUAAAAAAAAAAAAAAAAAAAUUGAAUUCAAUAUGCCUAAAAAAUGAUCGUCCUCGCCGAAAGAGGAUUUCCGUCCGACGUCUCCGUCGGAGUAGAAGAAAAAAAAAGAAAAACGAGGAGGAAGAAGAAUGAAAAGAAAAACAGUUUUACACGUCCUAAAUUUCGUCAAUAAGCGAUCUAGAUGUUAUUUAGAAAGAACAGGAAGAAUUAAUCCUCUUCUAUUUUUCCGCUUAUUUUACACUGGAAUUUAUUGAAUUAAUAAUCUACACAUAGACAAAAUAUUAUAGAACAUUUUGGAAAAUUAUUUCUUGGGUAAGUCGAUAACACAUAUAAAUAAUUAUUAAAUAAUUAAUAUAUAUAUUGUCUUAAAUGAAAUUUUAUCGAGGAUAUUUCUUCCUAUAGAUAGUUUAACAAUUAGGCUAGUUAGAACAUGCAUGCAUACGUCGAUAAUUUAAUCUAAAAAAAAAAAAACUUUGGAUUCUGUGACCUUAUAUAUAAAUAUAUUCUUAAAGCAGUUGAUUAAUUGGUAAUUAAAAUUCAAUAUAAUCGAAAUCCAUAUAAAUGUGGGUUAAACGAAAAUAAAAAAAAAUCGAAAGAGAGAAAAUUAAACGAACAUUCAAAUAAUGCUGCGCCAUGGUGCUAGAAUUGUAGACUGGAUAAAAAAUAGAGAAAGACUGAAAUUGAAGAAAAACUCGUAGGAAAAGUUUUUUCUGUUUAAAACUUCGAGUUUUUUUUUUGUUUUGUUGUGAUUAAGGAAUAAUGUCGGCUACAAAGACUGCGAUUUUUUGCCAGAGAUACCCCUAAAUAAAUAACGAGAAAAUAAUUAGCGUAAUGUCCGUCCAAAAUUUUUUCUAUUCACAAUGGAAAAUAAUUAGCAGUAAGAAUUAUUUAUUGUAGAUAUUAAAAUUAUUCGCAAUUGAAUUAAUUGAGAGAAUAGAAUAAUAAAAUUAGAAUUGCUUUCUCAUAGAGGAAGGAUUGUAUUUAUUUGUUUAUUAUUCUAUUUUUUUUUAUUAGUCUUAUUUUCUAAUUGGUAGUUUUCGAAAAGAAAAUUUGAGAAAAUUUAAUAAUUACAUUCUCCUUGGUGCUACGAUUUGAAGACUGAGUAGAGGAUAAAUUUUAAAAAUGAAAAUAGAAAUUGGCGAUAUCUCGUCUUUCGGGUUCUCUGGCAUUUUGAUAGACGGAAUACGGUGCUAUUUUGCCAAAAAAGAAAAGAAAGAAGAUAAAAAUCGUCUUCACUCUAAAAAUCCCCUCUAUAGUUAAUUAAAUUGUAAAACUUAUUCCCAAUUCUCUGAAUAAUGUUCUAAUUGUUAUUGCAAAUGAUCGAAGCUAUUGCCUAAAGAUUCUUCCUUAUCUAUCUUUUUAUUAUUCUAAAGUCAACUACUUGUCUCAUAUUUAAAAACUUCGUCGACUAGGAACAAAAAAAAAAUGAUCUUCUUCUUUACUUUUCUCCUUUUCUCCCAAUUUAUAAGUCAGGGUUUUGAAAAUGUUCCCUGGAACGGUUGUAUAAUGUCGACGACAAUUAUAAAUAAUAAAACAAAGAGACAACUAAGUAUAUAUUAUAUAAAUAUAUAAAUGUGUGUCAAUUUUUAAUGUAUCAUAAAAUAUUUCAUUCUAGUCAAGUAUCGUAAUAGUUAAGCAAUUUUUAAAUGAAAAGAUGUGUACGAGAAAUGAUCCUAAAUAUUAUAACGACUGAGUAAAAAUAUGUACAGUUUUUAAAUUUUAUUUUAUUUUCUAGUUUUCUUUUUCCCUUUUUGUAGUCUCUUGUGUUUUUUGUUUUUUCAACGACUAACAAUUUUAAUAACGCUCGAACAAUUUUUUUUACAAAAGAAAAAAAUUUAUUUUUAUUAUUUUUAACAAAAUAAAUGCAUUAUUUUUGGAAUCAUUUCUCGUGUGUUUAUAUAAAAAACCAUCGUUCACUUGAAUUUAUUGAAGAAAAUUUAUUUACGUCGAAUUUUCUGGACAAUUCUGUUCUUUCUGGCGAUUAAUCUGAUUUAGGAAUAACGAUUUUUAAUUGUUAUUUAACGAUUUUUACUUCGGUAAUUUAAUUUCAAUUUGGAAUAAUAUAUUGUAGUGAAAUUUAGAAAUUGUUAAAUUUAG